CAUAGAAUUCCUUCCGUGUUGCUUCUUGCCCUGGGUUUCAGAACCCAAGAUGGAGGCUAUCAGUAAAGCUGGGCAUCAUAUGAGUCUAGCAGCACUACAACAGCACGACCCUUACAUUAAUAAAAUCGUCGAUGUUACCGGACAGGUAGCACUGUACACCUUUAACUCAAAAACAAAUGAAUGGGAAAAAACUGAUAUUGAGGGCACGUUGUUUGUAUAUACCAGGUCUGCCUCGCCUUACCAUGGCUUCACGAUUAUGAAUCGACUCAGCAUGGAAAAUCUAGUGGAGCCCAUAAAUAAAGACCUGGAGUUUCAACUACAAGACCCUUUUCUUCUCUACAGGAACUCCAACUUGGCCAUAUACAGCAUCUGGUUCUACGACAAAAACGACUGCCAGCGGAUCGCACAGCUCAUGGCACGGGUGGUGAAGCAAGAGGCCCUGCAGGCCCGGCAGCCCCCCCAAGACUGCAGUACACUCAGCCAGACCAACGGCUGUGUGGUGGAACGUCCCAUCGACAUCCUGGAGCUACUCAGCAAGGCCAAGGAGGAGUACCAGAGGAGCCGCGUCUGUGAGUCUGAUUUGUCAAGCAGCGAAUUGGUGGCGAACCAUGACUUGCCAAGGACUGCACUGGAGCAGGCAGCUACAAUACCACAGCACGAGAAGAACUCCCACUCUGGCGUGAAGCAGAUCACCGUGGAGGAACUGUUCGGAAGCUCUUUACCAAAGGAGCAGCCCCCGCUGGGGUUCACCAGCCAAGGAGUGACUGAAAAGGGGAAGCGCGACUGCCUCGGCCACACCCUCCCCCUGGAGGCCCCGCUGAUUCCCCAUCUGCACAUUGACCCUGGGGGGGGGCGCUUGGGCACCGCUUCUGCCCUGACCAACACCGAGCAGCACUUUGGCUCGACAGAAGAGAAGACCACCCCCAGCUACCCUCUUCGCCCCAGCCCGGUAUUCCACUCUGGGGGGCCUGGGGACACCUGUGCCCAGCCGGUCUCCCCGCACCUUGUCGGGUUCCCGGGCCCCAAACCCGCUGCUCCCGUGACCCGACCCACACAGCUGACCUCCGGUAGCUCGGCCUACCUGCCUCAGGAGGUCGUCGGGCAGCUCAAGGUAGUUGCGUUGCCCUCAGCUGCCCUCACCAAGCCGCCUUUGGCACCCAGCUUCCUCCCUUCCCUGCUGGCCACGCCUGAAUGCUUCAGGGAGCCUGUGGUCAAGGCCGCGCCCUACAGCACCACUCUAGCAGCCCCCGGGCAGAAUAAGGAUGUUGAUAUUUUCAUGCAGCCUCAAAGUCUGGUGAAAACAAUACCAGGGGUCUCUCUGAAGGGGGGGCCAGCCGUGUCAGAGGCGGUGCCCUCGGUGCUCCUCUCCCCCAGCGUCUUCCAGAACUCUGGCAAGACGCCGGAAAUGGAGAGGAAGCCUGCCGCUCCGUCACCCACCUCACUGCGAGCCAGUGAGCUUCCCACCCACCUCAGCAGGCUCCAGCUUCAGGACACCCUCAUUCACCUCAUCAAGAAUGAUUCCACGUUCCUCAGCACCAUUCACGAGGCCUAUCUCCAGAGUGUCGCUAAGAAUCUGAACAACGUCAAGCUAUAGGCCACCACAUGGGCUUGUAAGCACACACACUUAUAUGCCGGGGGCACAGUGAUGUGAGGUCCCUGACGGACCGAGCGGCUGCUCAGCCCAUGCAAGAAGCUGUUUGCUUGGCACCAAACAGGGUUUUUUUUUUGUCACACAUGAUCUGAAUGGCUUAUGCAGAGAACUCCCUGCAUCUGCGUUGUAUCCCAUUGGCUGACUCCAGGAGGUGUGGGUGCCUUGCAGUACAGACCUACUGCAGAAUCUGAGAUGGAGUCACUUCCUGUUUCACGUGAUCUUGUAUAGGAAAAAACAUUUAAAAAAGCAUUGCACCACUCUCAUGCUGCCUCUCAUGGCCACUUUUAGUGUUUGACACUCUCUGCCUUCUAUCAGUGACCCCCCUCUAUUCACCAGAAAGUAGCCCGUCUGUUUAGGAGGUCAGUGCUCAGUAGCCGCCUUAUUUAUUGCACUGCUCUGUACCAGCGGAUCUGGUAAGAGUGUAGGAAAUACUUCAGUGGACUGUAGAGGUGAGAUUUCACCACAAUUAAUCAGUCACUUCUGAGUUGUAUUACUGGUUAAGAGAUAUACAUCAAAUCAAUUUGGGAGAUUAACUGCUAAACUUUUUCCCCCCCCGGAAAUCAAGAUGUGGGUAUAAUUACGCCUGUCCACUUUGUAACUUGUCCUCUAAGGAGCGGUUUACUGAAAUGUUUUUGUCCACUGCACAUCUUGCACUGGGUUCCCACCCAGAUGCCACCCAUCCUCUGGGUCGUGUCCUUCAGCCUCUGCCUGAGCACAACCUGGCCUGAUAUUUGCUGGAACCUCAUGUAGGAAGCAUGUUGUGUCUGAGCAUUUAGCUACCAACAUGGCUCAGCUUGCCGCAUCCUUGGCGGCUUAGUUUUGCACGAUCAAAUGCUUCCCUCAAGCAAUUUGUAUGUCAGACACAAACUACCUGGUCCGGAUACUUAUGGUCAUAUGUUCUGAACUAAUCGAAGUUUACCCACUGCUCAGAGUCUUCACACUGCAUUUGGAAGUGAAUGAAAAUAAUCCCAUCUGUAAGGUAAUUGUCAUUAAAGCAAUUCACAUAAUGGAGAAUAACCUGAUUUGGCUCUAGCCUGAUUUUAAGCAAACACAAAAACAACUAGGUACAGUUUAUACUCUCUGUGGCAGAGUAAUUGAAAUUAGCAGCAACUAUGUAUGUUACUGGAUUUUUGCCAUUUUUCCCCCCAGAAAUACUCGUAUCCUAAUUAAGAUUUUUUUAAAAAGUUUAUCACCUUGUGCUUAACAAAAGAUCUACGACAUGAGCAAACUUCCACUGUUGUAUUUCCAGUAUCAUGGUGUAUUUGCUGCCUGCUUAAGCCCAUGUUCUCACCUCAGGCAUUUUCUGGGUAUGCGAUGUCUAUGAAAUUUAGUUUGGCUUCAUUUUCAUGCUUUCGAAAUGGUCACAUCAAGGGAAGGUACUUGUCAUUUGGGAAGUGAUAUUCAAAUCCAGUGAUCACUAUUUUUUUAAAAGUUGUUUUAAACAGGCAUUUAAUUUUCUCCUUUUGUUGGGUUGAACCUGAUCAGCAUCUUUGAGUGAAUGCAUCACUAAAAACAACUUACACAGUGUUUAGUUCAAGAUUAGGUUAUUUUUUCGUCCUGUAACAAGGCUCCACUUCUUCAAGAAUCACUGAUUCUUCCUUGCUUUUCACCUUGUGUUGUUUAUCCUGUUUUCUACAUUGCAAGUCUAUUUUUAUAAUAAAAAUUGAGUGGUGUUUGCAGCUGUCUAAAUGUC